UGUAAAGUUUUAUCGACGCUCACAGUGAAAGACAUAUUAGCUGAACAUGGCUCGUACGAAACAGACUGCUCGCAAGUCAACUGGAGGAAAGGCUCCUCGGAAGCAAUUGGCUACGAAAGCUGCACGUAAAAGUGCACCAGCUACCGGAGGAGUUAAGAAGCCUCAUCGCUACAGACCAGGAACCGUCGCUCUGCGUGAGAUUCGUCGCUAUCAGAAGAGCACGGAGCUGCUCAUUCGCAAACUGCCCUUCCAGCGAUUGGUUCGCGAGAUCGCUCAGGACUUCAAGACGGACCUUCGCUUCCAGAGUUCAGCCGUGAUGGCACUUCAAGAAGCUAGCGAGGCUUAUCUCGUCGGCCUCUUCGAAGACACCAACUUGUGUGCCAUCCACGCCAAGCGUGUCACCAUCAUGCCAAAGGACAUCCAGUUGGCUCGGCGUAUUCGUGGAGAACGUGCCUAAAUACCGAAGGCUUAUAAAAUAAAACCGGUCCUUUUCAGGACCAACAUUUUCUUAUUUCGAGGAAUAUGCACAUACGUUUAUACUCUAAAAGAAGUUUCUAAAUUCAAUCCAAGUAUGCCCACUUACAUACACUUUAGUCGGCAUACACCUUAUUUAAUAUUUUCUUUCUGUAGUAAGCAAUGUUUUUACAGUAUUAACAUUUCUGAGAGCUGAUUGAUUCCACGCAAAUCAAUAUUUUAGAGCGACUAACCUGCACUCCAAAAUGCACAAUUUGAAUACUUUCCCUAGUUUUGAUAACUGUGGCAAGAGAACUUAUUUAAUAGUAGAAACGUUUAUUUUCUUUAAUUUAGGGAUUUUAAGGUUUAUUCACUGAUAAGUGAUUGUCAUGUUCUUUUUCUACUUUAGUAACGGUUUUACGUUGAGAAACUAAACAUUCUUAGUUCUGGAGCCUAUGGUGGUCAAUCAUAUUCUUUGACGUAAUAUUCUUCACUGCAUGCGUUACCCUUAACUGGUCUUUUUCUAAUCGUAAUGUUUUUCUCGAAGUCUGAACUAGGGAUAUCGAUUCUUCCUGAAAAAAAUCGAUUCGAAUCAAAUGUAACAGCAUCGAUUGACAAUUAAAUUGGGCACUAAGAGGUCGAUUUCCCAUUAAUCGAUUCUGUAGUCGAUUUUAGAGUACAUAAUUAUAGCAUAAUUGAAAUGGAAAAAUAAGAAACAUUAUUUCCAGCUUCCCUUUUUUCUUCAAAGUUAAAAAAAACAGACAACACAAUCUUUGAUCUCUGUUAUUAUUACCGUUAGAAUGGUUAAUAAUGCCACCUGAAUAACAUAAGGAUGCGUUACAAAAUAGCAUACAUACAUCUUAAGGCAUAUUCCGUAUUUGAACCCCGGUUGCACUUAUUAAAUUUCAGCCAAUGACAUCGAUUAAUUUUUAUCAUCAGUCGAAAUGAAUCGAUGCAAUUAGCUAUAAUCUAAUAACUGCAACUGUAGUUCAAUUACGGAAUAUAUCGUUAAUAAACAUCUUUUCA